AUGGCUAGCCCAACUGUAGAUGCCGCUGACCUUGACAUCCCGGGGGCUGGGGUGAGGUGGUGGGGGGCUGGGGUGCUGCGUCUGCUGCCCCCUGGUGAGGUGCUGUGGGGGGUGGUUAAUAACGCGGGCCUGGCGACGUUCGGUGACCUGGAGUGGCUCUCCCUGGACGACUACCGCCGCCUUUACGAGGUCAACGUCCUGGGCAUCGUCGCAACCUCGCAGACGUUCCUGCCCCUCGUCAGGAAGGCUAGAGGUCGCGUUGUGAACAUCUCAAGUCUGCUGGCCCGCUUCGCGGUGCCCAUGCGGUCGCCCUACGUCGCCUCUAAGUAUGCUGUCGAGGGCCUCAGCGACUGCAUGAGGUACGAGCUCCGGGACUGGGGGGUCAACGUGAGCAUCAUCGAGCCCGGCAACUACAUUGCAGGUACUAACAUCUUCACGGCGGCGGGGGUGGACGCGACGGCAACGCGGCUGUGGGAGACGAUGGGCGAGGAAGUGCGGGCGCUGUACGGCGAGUCUCUCUUCUGGCGCCGCGUGGCCGUCAUGAAGAAAUACGCCGACGCUGGGAGCACGGACCUGACACCCGUCCUUCAAGCCUUCGCAUCCGCUCUGCUGGAUCGCUGGCCUCAGCCACGCUACCAACCCGCCGACCUCUACUUCAAGACGCGUUGUCUUGUGGCCACACACGGGCCAGAGUGGUUGUACGAUGCCCUCUACAUCAGCACUCCUAAGUAGCAUGGCUCUAUGGCGCCUCUAUAUCACUACUGUCAAAUAGUAUGGUUCGACGACAUUCUACAUCACAUCACCAUUGCCGAGUAGCAUGGCUCUAUGGCGCCCUCUACAUUACCACUGUCAAAUAGUAUGGUUCUACGACAUUCUACAUCACAUCGCACUGCCAAGUAGUAUGACUCUAGGACACUUUCUACUCCACUAGUUCAAUGUAUUGCGGCUCUACAGCGCUCUCUGCACCAUCUCUCUUAAGUUUGUGGCUUCACAACGCCCUCAUCACCAUUUUUUAAACCACUAUGCAGCAACUAAACUGGGUUUUGAGUCCCCGACAGAGUUAAAAGUAUGGAUUUAUACAUUUCGUACGUACUGUGUCUAAUCUUAUUAUUUGCUUGGCUCAGUAAUUAAAAUUUAAAUAUGUCAAUAAAGUUUCAUGUAAUCUACGAUAUAUUAGGUAGUCCCGACAUUAGUAACGUAUGAAUUAAAAUGCCCCAUCAUUAAUUUCUCUCCCUAAUUUAAUUUUCUGAAUUAACCUGCAAUAUCUGCGGCCAUGAAAUUCAGCGUAGCUUCAGUCAAUUCCAUGGUGCUGCUAGUGCUCAAUCGGAGCGCAAAUAUACAAGAUGUGUCUAAGGAUACCAAUUUUUUGAAGCUUCUUAACCGUCUACCGCCGUAUGUUAUUCUCCGGGAACAUACCUUUCAACUUAAAUGAUUCGUGAACUAUUGACUGUAGCAACCUGAAGACGUUUGUACUCAACAGAGAACAUUUUAAAGUUAUCGUACUUGGCAGUAAAUCAGUGCAAAUCAUUUUGCUCUCACUAGCAACGUAUCCUUUUUGGGAAGUAGGCUUGUGAUAAUAUUGCUCCGGUUACUCAUGUCAGACGGUAGAGGGUUAAUUUAGAACCGGCUUGGGAAGCAUUCGAACCUGUCUGUAGUAGCUUCUGUGGUAUAACACACGAGUCCCAAAUUACUAAGCCUGUUUUGAGUUGAUAAAGUCUUAAGUAGAUAAGAAGUACAAAAUGUUACUCAAGAUUCAUUUAUCGUUCCCACCUCAAUUCCUUUUCCAUAAACCUCGAGGUUGUGAGUGACAAGCAUGGAAAAUAAAUCCACACAUCUUUACGAAAAUGGAGAGAUAUUAUCAUGGCAAAUGAAACGUCAGUUUGACCGAAGACAUCCGCUGGAUUCUCUCAAGUGGCUGGCAUCCAGGAGACAAAUGCACCAGUCUUUUCUCUCUGCCUGUCUGUGUUACCAUUAGUUACGUAAAGAUGUCGUCUAAGUAAAUUCAUUUCAUCAGGUUCUCUCUCAUGUUUUACCUGUUAUAAGCUGCUGUAUGACCAUGAAUAUGCGGAAUUAUUCCCUGUUCACACUAAAGAGAAACCAUUUAAGAGACAUGCAGACUACAGAACAAACUAUUGAAUACUUUGAAAUCA